AUGGUAGUAGUCAAAGAGCAGAGGGGCUCCUGCUGGUGUGUACCCAUCACUACCUAUAGUGGGCAAGGCGUGGCCAAAGCCGGGAUUGACCGCAGCAAAUAUGCCAUCAUUCAUAUGCGAGGUAAUAGACCUCGGGCUGUGCAGUCUGAGCCCCGGAUGGUGAAAGAGCCCCUAGAGGUUGAUCCUGCCAGGCCUGAUCAAAAGCUGGACUCCAUGUCCCGAGUAAACUUUGGUAAAGUUUAUACCGUCGAGCACAAUGUCAAGGUCCUCCCCGUGGGCAAGAUCACAGAAGCGUCUCGGGCGAGAUUCCUGGAAUACGCCCACGGCGAGUUUGUCAAAUAG